CGUGUGAAGACUUCAGACCUGUAAGUGAUGGUCAGUGAACUACAGAGAAUGAACGGACGAGUAUAGUUUUAAGAAAGCAGUUCAUUAUAAACAACUUGCAAUGUCAUCCGGUGUCCCCAAGGAGAAGAACAGUGUUUCCCAAUGGUCUCCCCUGGCACCUCAACUAUCCACUGGCUUAGAAUCUGCUGUGGACUCUGGUUCUAAUGCUACUACUUUAAUUAAUCAGCAAGGAUGGGGAGAAUACAGUGGCCAGGAGACACAAGUUGCACCAUGCACCAAGGUCCAUUCUGGAUACAGCAACAUGACAAGCACAGACUGCUUUGAGAAUAUGGGGCAAAAGAAGUUGGCUCUGGAUCCAAAACAGACCCAGCAAACUAAUUCCACCUUAUUUCAAGGCAUCUCCAGCGUCAAUCAAGGCCAGACUUUUCAAAUUGGGCAAAUACAAGCUGACAAGGCAAAUGGACUCUUGAAUCCCAUGAUUAACAAUGAGCUGAAUCGACAAUCUAUACUUUACAGGAACAUGCAACAGCAGGUGCAGAGCCAACAACAGGGACAAUUAAUGAGACAGCAGAUGGAGCAGCUCCAGCAACUGAUGGAACAGCAGCAGAAACUCAUCAAGUUGCUCAGCUGGCCCAUGGCCAAUCAAGGUUUUACCCUGCCGGUAGGAUUUUCAGCUCCAUGGAAUGGUAUCUCUGCAGGCCUGCCACCUGAUGCAAUGGUACAGUUGUCUAGUCCAUCUGCUAAUGAAGAAUCUUCAAAUGUCCAUGCCCAGGCAUCAUUUUCCAUUCCACUGGUUCAAGCUGCACAGUCCACAAAACAGCCAUCAUCAGUGAACAGCAACCACAUUUGGACAGCAAAGCAUCCACAUCCAUCUCAAGACACAGGUGAGUCACAAAUAGGCCAUUUGCAUUUGACAUAAAGAGAAAAUAUACUUGGAGCAGCAAGUCAGACUUCCUAAUCCCAAACUCUAGCUAUGCUCAUGACCCAGGGAAGCUUCAAGAAAACGCAUUUGUUCAGAUUCAGGAACAGUUUCUUCCCAGCUGUUAUCAGGCAACCUAUCACCAACUAGAGAGCGGUCUUGACCUCCCAUCUACCUCUUUGCCGACGCUAGGUCUAUCUUUAAUCAGACCGUUUGGACUUUAUCUUGUACUAAAUGUUAUUCUGUAUCUGUACGCUUUGGACGGGUUGAUUGUACUCUUGUAUAUUUGUUUCGCUGACUGGAUCGCACACAACAAAGAACUUUCACUGUACCUCAUGACACGUCAUAAUAAUAAACUAAACUAAGCUUUCAUACUGUUGCACUCUAAUUGACUGACACAGAGUAUUUCACUGCCUGAAGCCGUCUAAAUGGGAA